AUGUUUGAUUUACUUUUGCCUUUCAUUCAUGUCAUUUCUAGAUAUCAAUUUUCUUAUUCGUCCAAAGUUCAAUCAAUAAUAAAAAAAUAUUUAUUGUAAAUUUUAUUAUAGCAAAUGAACGUGACGCCAAGAGUUUGUAAAUCACAUGCAAUUUUUCGUCGUGGUAUAGUGAACUAUCUAUCUCGACCUUAUUUAAACCUGAACAUUUUUACGAAGAUGGUUCGAAGUUCUCUGCAAUCUCUCACCAGUUUAAGGAAGCAAAAGACAAAGUAGGAUCUUUAACUCAAGAUCCAGGGAAUGAAUUGAAGUUAAAGAUGUACGCCGUUUUUAAGCAGGGCUCUUUAGGCAAAUGUAAUACACCAAAGCCUGGGACUUUGGACUUUGUUGGAAAGGCAAAAUGGAAUGCAUGGAACGAUUUGGGUGAUUUAUCACAGGUAGAUGCACAAAAACAGUAUAUAGCACUUGUGGAAUCUUUACUAGGACAAGAACCCAAGACCAACAGCCAACCCAACAAAGACAUUAAUACAUCAAAUGAGUUUGAAAAUAUUCUUGUCUCUACUGAUGGCGGUUUGAGGACAAUCACAAUGAACAGGCCUGAUAAAUACAAUGCUUUGACCCCAAAGGUUUAUCAAGAUUUUCUUCGACAUUUCCACCAGCUGCUGGUUCAGUUCAUUAAAAGUUCCGUUUAUUCAAAACCUUUUGAAAUAUGCAACAAAGGACAAAUACUCUGCAGCAAGGGGCCGCAUCUCGCAAGAAGCCGCAAGUCUCUCAUCAAUUUUCAUUCAAUUGCUUCAAGUUUUGUCAACGCCACAAACGAAGAAUAAUGUUUAUCUUCGACAUUUCCACCAGCUGCUGGUUCAGUUCAUUAAAAGUUCCGUUUAUUCAAAACCUUUUGAAAUAUGCAACAAAGGACAAAUACUCUGCAGCAAGGGGCCGCAUCUCGCAAGAAGCCGCAAGUCUCUCAUCAAUUUUCAUUCAAUUGCUUCAAGAUAGUACAAUCAUUGCGAUUAUUUAAGCCUCAAUAAAUAGUUUUAUGGAGUAAUAAUAUGUACUUUAAAAGAAGAAAUUCUCGUUGUAGUUUUGUCAACGCCACAAACGAAGAAUAAUGUUUACGAAGCUGAAA